AUGGGAGGUGCUGGCUUUGCCACUUUAGCAGGAUGCUCAAAGGAGGCAGGACAUCGAGGUCUCUGUGAACAUUCUCUAAAAUGUUUAAGCUCGAGAAUCACGGAGCGGAAGCUGCAGGGCACGUGGCUGCCUGCUGGCCGAGGGAGCCUGGAGAAACCAUUCCUGGGGCCUCGAGGCUCCAUGGUGCCCACGUUCAGCCCCCAGGGUGGCCUUCACCCUGUCCAUGCUGACAGCAGCCUGCAGAAGCCCAGGGUCGUGACCGUGGUCAAGCUGGGUGGGCACCCCCUCCGCAAGAUCACGUUGCUCCUCAACAGACGGUCGGUGCAGACCUUCGAGCAGCUCUUGGCCGACGUCUCAGAGGCCCUGGGCUUUCCCAGAUGGAAGAGUGACCGCGUGCGGAAGCUGUUCAGCCUCAAGGGCAGGGAAAUCAGGAGUGUGUCUGAUUUCUUCAGGGAAGGGGAUGCUUUCAUAGCCGUGGGCAAAGAGCCACUGACGCUGAAGAACAUCCAGGUGGCUAUAGAGGAACUGUACCCCAGCAAAACCCGGGCCCUGACCUUGACCCAGCACAGCCGGCUCCCCUCUCCAAGGCUGAGAAGCAGGCUUUAUAGCAAGGCUCUGAAAGGGGGUCACCACUGUGGGGAGACCGAGACCACCAAGAGCUCUGGUGAGGCUGCCAGGUCCCAGGCUGCCAUCAGACAUCAGGGGAGGACCCCCGUGGAGGACAGGGUGAGGGCCCAGAAGAAGUGGGUGAGGGGGAAGUGGGAGCCUGAACCCAGCAGCAAGGUGCCCAGGGAUGCCACCCUGGAGAGACAUGCUAGCGGAGAGAAGCACCUGGGGGUGGAGAUUGAAAAGACGUCGGGGGAAAUAAUCAGGUGUGAGAAGUGUAAGCGGGAAAGAGAGCUCCAGCAGACCCUGCAGAGGGAGCGGCUCUCUCUGGGCACCAGCGAGCUGGACCUGGGCAGGUGCCCCGGCUAUGACGUAGAGAGGUUGGUGAGGACCAGGAGCUGCAGGAGGUCCCCUGAGGAGAAGCCCCAAGGUGGGGAGGAAGGUUGGAAGGAGGGCACCCGGAGCAGUCCCGGGCACCCGCCUCAGGAGCCGAGGAGACCCAGCAAAAGCACCGACAAGAAAGAGGACCGGGACCCAGGAGGCCAGGAAGGUCAUCGCCCAGCAGCAGCCAAGGCCAAGAGGGACGUCGUCGGGGAAGCCCAGUCCAUAAGAGAGGAGAAAGACAGCAGGACCGUAGGCAGGAGCAAGCAGGGAGGCUGGCUCCGGAGGGAGCAUCCUGCCGACCUCGACCCAGAGAAGCUCCCCAGGACCAGAGGGGAUGAGCAGGAGGCGGAAAAGGGGAAAAAGCCGGGUGCGUCCGGAGGGAGGAGGAUGGUUUCCCGAGAUGAGCCGCCGGCCAGGGUAGAAAAGGAGCCCAAGACGAGGCCGGAGGAGAGCAAGGCGGAGCGGCCGGGCGGCAGGAGGCGGCGGCCCCCGGGCAUCCUGGCGGCCGACGUGCGCAAGCAGUAUGAGCCGGGCCGCGUGAUCGGGGACGGGAACUUCGCGGUGGUGAAGGAGUGCAGGCACCGCGGCACCCAGCAGGCCUACGCCAUGAAGAUCAUAGACAAGUCCAAACUCAAGGGGAAGGAGGACAUGGUCGACAGCGAGAUCCUGAUCAUCCAGAGCCUCUCUCACCCCAACAUCGUGAAACUGCAUCAAGUGUACGAAACGGACGCGGAGAUCUACCUGAUAAUGGAGUACGUGCAGGGAGGGGACCUUUUCGAUGCCAUCAUAGAAAGUGUGAAGUUCCCGGAGCGCGAUGCUGCCCUCAUGCUCAUGGACUUGUGCAAGGCGCUCGUGCACAUGCACGACAAGAGCAUCGUCCACCGGGACCUCAAGCCGGAAAACCUGCUGGUUCAGCGAAAUGAGGACAAAUCUACCACCUUGAAACUGGCUGAUUUUGGUCUUGCAAAGCAUGUGGUGAGACCUAUAUUUACUGUGUGUGGGACUCCGACUUAUGUAGCUCCUGAAAUUCUUUCUGAGAAAGGUUAUGGGCUGGAGGUGGACAUGUGGGCCGCGGGCGUUAUCCUCUACAUCCUCCUGUGCGGCUUCCCCCCAUUCCGCAGCCCAGAGAGGGACCAGGAUGAGCUCUUUAACAUCAUCCAGCUGGGCCACUUCGAGUUCCUGGCUCCUUACUGGGACAACAUCUCUGACGCUGCCAAAGAUCUGGUGAGCCGGUUGCUGGUGGUAGACCCCAAAAAGCGCUACACGGCCCACCAGGUCCUUCAGCAUCCCUGGAUUGAAACUGCUGGAAAGACCAAAAGGGCAAAGCUACAAAAGGAGGGGCCCCCCAGCAGCGAGAACCACUUCCGGAGCCAGCACUCGAGGGCUGCAGAGCAGGCAUCAUAGUCACGGACUCAGCAUUCGCUCAGCCCUCGGUUCUGCUCGGGGACAGAGAAAAGGAUAGAUGUCAAGGAGAAAAACAGUGAAAAAGCCUUCCUCCCAUAACUGGAGAAUCAGGGGAAGGAGAGAAGACACUCAGUAUAUUUUAAAGCUUAUUUUAAAAAAUAAACUUGAGUCUUAAUGUUAAAUGUUGUAACAUAUUUUUAGAUUUGAAUCCUUUAAUACAUUUUUUGGGGGGUGAGGGGGAGACUUGUUCUCAGUGAGGAAUUUUUGGUAAUAAUGAUGUGUUUUGCUUCCUCCUUGUAAUCAAGUUCAUAGUAUACUACAUGAGUGGUGCUUACCAGGGUCUAAACUCCCCCUGUGAGAUUAAG